AACCACAAAGGCUCCUUCUUUUCUUCUUUUUGUCUUAUUGAACAGGCUGCUCGAUGUUUUUUAUAUCGUGUAGCGGAUACAUUCACAAACCUGAUCUACAGAGUAGAAAGCUGCAGAAACACAAAGCAGAGGUCGUCUAAAGAAAAUGAACAGCAUGGGUGUUCGGGCCGCGCUUUCAGUCCUUCUGCUCUUCAUAGCUACCGUCAAGGCUGAUGGAGGAACGACAUUCUGGAGAACAGAAUUCACAAUGAAAUGUCCACAAAAUGGGACUUGGUUCAAGAAACAAAUAGAUACAAACCAUGCAUCUGAGACGUAUACACUCCAGUAUGAUCACACAACCAAAGGCUCAUACCACUGUGAAUACCUGAACCAAGACACUUCUGCUAAAACCAAAUAUUAUUUCUACGUGAAAGGAAACGUGUGUGCAAACUGUUUUGAGCUGAACGCAGCUUUGUUUGGCGUGGCCAUCGUUGCGAAUAUAGUGAGCACAGUGGUUGUGAUGAUGAUCAUCUGCAGUUGCACCAAGAAGAAAAGCUCAGCUGGACCUGCUCACACCCCCAAAGCACAUGCUCGUCCAGGAGGCCGUGCUCCACCUGUCCCAUCUCCUGACUAUGACCAUCUAAACCCUCACACUCGCUCCCAGGACGCUUACGAUUUCCUGAACAGGACGGGAUAGAAACAGGUCACCUGACUGCGCCAGGUCACUGGUCUACAGGCUGCACGGACGAAGGAAGACAUUCGCAAAAGACCAACAUGGACGUCAAUCAUGUUCCUCGUAGAAUGCAAACACUGGCUUUUGCUCUCUUGGAUUUAUUGGGUCGCUUAACCCAAAUAUAUGGCAAAAAAACAACAACUAAUAUUCUCAGUUACUCCUGUAUCAUAAAGCCAGGCAGUGUAGUUUAGGUUUCAUUUGUCCAGGUAUUCUGCCGCCAACAUGCAUCCUUUAGAGGUAAACGGCAUUUAGUUUGUGGUGCUCACAGUAUUUAAAAAUAACAAUGAAAAACUAAUUAGGGACUUCUUUCUUCUGAAAGAACCCUAACCCUAACCCUAACCCAAAUAUAUGGCAAAAAAACAACAACUAAUAUUCUCAGUUACUCCUGUAUCAUAAAGCCAGGUAGUGUAGUUUAGGUUUCAUUUGUCCAGGUAUUCUGCCGCCAACAUGAUCCUUUAGAGGUAAACGGCAUUUAGUUUGUGGUGCUUACAGUAUUUAAAAAUAACAAUGAAAAACUAAUUAGGGACUUCUGUCUUCUGAAAGAACCCUAACCCUAACCCUAACCCAAAUAUAUGGCAAAAAAACAACAACUAAUAUUCUCAGUUACUCCCGUAUCAUAAAGCCAGGCAGUGUAGUUUAGGUUUCAUUUGUCCAAGAAUUCUGCCGCCAACGCCAUCCUUUAGAGGUAAACGGCAUUUAAUUUGUGGUGCUCACAGUAUUUAAAAAUAACAAUGAAAAACUAAUUAGGGACUUCUUUCUUCUGAAACAAAUAGUCCCCUUAAAACUGUGUAUGUUAUUCCCAACCUGAGGGUACUUCUGCAGUCACCAGAGGGUCAGUGGAUGGAUCGUGUAGCACAGAUUAUUAAAUUUAAAAAACAUUUGAAUUAUGAAUAGAUAAUAUAUUUACAUAUUUGUGUUCGUGAGGAAAGUAAACGCACACAUUGGAUUAUUAAUUUGCGUGAUGCUAAUCAGUUUUAAUACUUAAUAAAAGUGUUGGUUGUGUCUAGUUAGCAGAAGGCCGUCCGAAAAGUAAAAGUAAUAAUAAUAAAUGACGACAAUGAAUGAAUGCAAACUUGAUGAAAUAUUACUCGAACAAUAAAGACAUCGCAUCGGCCCCAUCGAGGGGAAGCGGUAAAAUGAAGGGUGCUUGAGACCUGGCAGGGCUGUGCGGGACAAGGGAAACACAAAAGUAAAAAAUCUAAACAUUUUAAAUGUUAUCUUUUAAUACUGUGAGAACCACAAACUUAUUUCUAUUCAUGUGUGUUGUAUUCAUGUGGAGGCACAAAUAAAACCCGAGCUAUCUGCACGGCUAGAUAGCAUUAGAGGUAAGUGAGAAAACGUGUUUUGUUUUUUACAUUUUCUUUCUUUUUAAAUAGAGAUAAUUAUUGUACAUAUAAUGAUCUGUUUUCUUUCACACGUAUUCUGGUUUUAAUUAAAUGAUGUGUUUAAGCAUUGAGGUAGUUGAUGGUGUUGCAGUUCAGAGGCGUUCCCUCGUGUUUGUCAAAGGGAAAGAAACCAGUACAACAUCUCUGUAAUAAACAUAUCAUUGAAUUUACCAAACAAAUGUCACAUUAUCAGCUUUGUAAAGGUAGAAUUUAUUAGCACAGCUGCUGUACUGGAUUGCAUUAGAUUGUACAGGUGUACCUAAUAAAGUGGCCACUGAGUGUAUAUAUCUUUUUUUGAUAGUGUAGGCCUGCUGACCCUUUAAUAUAAAAUAUUGUCGGAGAGUAUAAAUCACAAUAAUGUCAUAAAUAAAAAUCAUAUUGUCAUUUCAAAAAGAGAGAGAUGCAUGUUGUGUGUACAUACUGUAUGUUUGUGUCAUUAUAAGUUGUGACUUGUAGGUAAAGUUUGUCACACAUGUAAAAUGCUUCUUGUUCAUCACAUCAGCUUGUUUCCUGUUUCUUUUCUUUUCUUCGUGUUCAUUCUAAUCUGCUGCAGCGCUGUAAUGGACACACAGGUGUCACUAAUAAAUAAACCACAGUCACCACA